AUGGCUUCAACAGGCAUCCCCAUGGAUGCUGCUACUAUAAUCUCCACCGCGCUGGAAGGUAUUUUAUACGGUUUUUCGGUCCUCAUGUUUAUGGGUACCAUGUGGGCAUUGAUAUGCAAACAUGGCGUGCAGGAUGUUAAUCGCCCCAUCGCCUGUGGUGGCAAUCCUGCUCUGCUGAAUUCUCUCAAGUACAUGGUCGUCAGCAUCAUUCGUCUCGAAGAUGGACUGGUGAAGUAUCGCGACACCCCUGGCGGACCCGUAGCAUUCUUCGAAGACAUUAAUCAAAAAACAUAUCUCAUCAAGUAUGCAAUAUACGGCUUGCAAACUCUGCUUGGCGAUUGGGUGGUGAUUUAUCGCUGUUAUAUCGUUUGGCGAUCAGUCUGGGUCAUCAUCCUACCAACCAUGUUGUGGUGCGGUAUCGCAGUGACUGGUUUCGCUACCGCCUAUUUUGCUUCGCGGGCGACUGGUGCAGGGGACAUCUACACUAAUAUGGCUGGACAAUGGGUGAUGCCAUUCUUUUUCUUGACAAUUUCAACUAAUUUGACAAGUUCAGGAUUACUAGCAUAUCGUGUCUGGACGAUUGAGCGCAAUGUCUCUACAAUGCGCACUACGAAAAGCCCUGUUAUGCCUAUAGUCCGCGUACUUGUGGACACCGCUUUGGUGUACUCUGCGACGCUCUUUUCCACCCUAAUCUGUUUCAUUAGCUCGAGCAAUGGACAGUAUAUUUUGCUAGACAUGACCAUGCCCAUCAUCUCGAUCGCCUUCUACAUGGUGCUUAUUCGCCUCACAAUCAGAAAUACCGCCCACACUCGCUCCCUGGUGGCCAGUGGUGUCACAACCAGUGAGACCCACAGAGGAAACCGAUAUUCUAUGAAGCCUGUGCAGGUCCAUAUAUCUCAGUUCACGCACAGGGACGAGGGUACUCCGUGUGGAGUAGUGAAUGGAGACAGAACGUUGACCCACAAGGCGGAGUCUGUGGAAGAAGCAUCUUGCAACGUAUAG